CUUUUGCUUUUUUCAGUCAGUUGCUUUGCUGGCUUCUGCAGGCUUUUAAGGUCUCGCGGCGUAGAAAUGCCUGCCCCCCACCCCCUUCCUCGGUCUCCCCUUUCAGUUCAGAUGUGCUGAUGUGCAGACCGGAUUCAUCUUCCCCGAGCGACGGCGGCGGCGGCGGCGGCAGCGGCAGCUCGCGCUCUACGGCUGGGUUCUGGCAGCGGCGGGGGCGCGGCGCGGGAGCCCGAGCUUCGGUGGCAGCUGAGCCCGCGGGGCGCCGCUCGCCCAGCCGCGGCCGCGGGAAGUUCGGCCGCCAGAAGGACGACCUGGCAGGCAGCGAGCGCCCGCUCCGCCAGAGCCGAGUUUGCCCGCAGCUGCCCCUCCCCGUCUCCGGGAGCCGAGCUCCUUACCUGCCCUCCGCCCACCCGCGGGCCCCUAGCCAACUUCUCCCUCCAACUGGGGGUAACAGGCACUUCUUGCCCUCUCUACUGUCCCGACGGCAUCCGUAUGUCUCCGGACACCUGAACACCCCAGUGUCGCCGAAGAGCCUCCCGGUAGGGAGAGGAGCACCGGUUCCCCUCGCACCGCACAUCAGCGCGGACCGCGGACGCCUCACCUCCCGGUCCCGUCCCUUCCUUUUCCUCCAGGGGAGGAGGAUGGGGUUGCAAAAGCUUCCCCCGAGGAUGCUUGUGUGGCUGGUGGCCUCGGGGAUUGUUUUCUACGGGGAGCUUUGGGUCUGCGCUGGCCUCGAUUAUGAUUACACUUUUGAUGGGAACGAAGAGGAUAAAGCGGAGACGAUAGAUUACAAGGACCCUUGUAAAGCCGCUGUGUUUUGGGGUGAUAUUGCCUUAGAUGAUGAAGAGUUAAGUAUCUUUCAAAUUGAUAGGACAAUUGACCUUACACAGAACCCCUUUGGACUUGGACAUACCACAGGUGGAUUUGGAGACCAUGGUAUGUCAAAGAAACGAGGGGCCCUCUACCAGCUUAUAGACAGGAUAAGAAGAAUUGGCUCUGGCUUGGAGCAAAACAGCACAAUUAAAGGAAAAGUACCUCUCAAAUUCUCAGGGCAAAAUGAAAAAAAUCGAGUUCCCAGAGCUGCUACAUCAAGAACCGAAAGAAUAUGGCCUGGAGGUGUUAUUCCUUAUGUUAUAGGAGGCAACUUCACUGGCAGUCAGCGAGCCAUGUUCAAGCAGGCCAUGAGGCACUGGGAAAAGCACACAUGUGUGACUUUUAUUGAAAGAAGUGAUGAAGAGAGUUACAUUGUAUUCACGUAUAGACCUUGUGGAUGCUGCUCCUAUGUAGGUCGGCGGGGAAAUGGACCCCAGGCAAUCUCUAUUGGCAAGAACUGUGAUAAAUUUGGAAUUGUUGUUCAUGAAUUGGGCCAUGUGAUAGGCUUUUGGCAUGAACACACACGACCAGAUCGAGAUAACCAUGUCACUAUCAUAAGAGAAAACAUCCAGCCAGGUCAAGAGUACAAUUUUCUGAAGAUGGAGCCUGGAGAAGUGAACUCACUUGGAGAAAGAUACGACUUUGACAGUAUCAUGCACUAUGCCAGGAACACCUUCUCAAGGGGGAUGUUUCUGGAUACUAUUCUCCCCUCUCGUGAUGAUAAUGGCAUACGUCCUGCAAUUGGUCAGCGAACCCGUUUAAGCAAAGGAGAUAUUGCACAGGCAAGAAAGCUGUACAGAUGUCCAGCAUGUGGAGAAACCCUACAAGAAUCCAAUGGCAACCUUUCAUCUCCAGGAUUUCCAAAUGGCUACCCUUCUUAUACACACUGCAUCUGGAGAGUUUCAGUGACCCCAGGGGAGAAGAUUGUUUUAAAUUUUACCACAAUGGACCUAUACAAAAGCAGUUUGUGCUGGUAUGACUACAUUGAAGUGAGAGAUGGGUACUGGAGGAAAUCACCUCUCCUUGGUAGAUUCUGUGGGGACAAGUUGCCUGAAGUUCUUACCUCUACAGAGAGCAGAAUGUGGAUUGAGUUUCGUAGCAGCAGUAACUGGGUGGGAAAAGGCUUUGCAGCUGUCUAUGAAGCGAUCUGUGGAGGUGAGAUACGUAAAAAUGAAGGACAGAUUCAGUCUCCUAAUUAUCCCGAUGACUACAGACCGAUGAAGGAAUGUGUGUGGAAAAUAACAGUGUCAGAAGACUACUUUGUUGGAUUGACCUUUCAGGCCUUUGAGAUUGAAAGACAUGACAACUGUGCCUAUGACUAUCUAGAAGUUCGAGACGGAACCAGUGAAAAUAGCCCUUUGAUAGGGCGUUUCUGUGGUUAUGAUAAACCUGAAGAUAUCAGAUCUACCUCCAAUACCUUGUGGAUGAAAUUUGUUUCUGAUGGAACUGUGAACAAGGCAGGGUUUGCUGCCAAUUUCUUUAAAGAGGAAGAUGAGUGUGCCAAACCUGACCGUGGAGGCUGUGAGCAGCGAUGUCUGAACACACUGGGCAGUUAUCAGUGUGUGUGUGAGCCCGGCUAUGAGCUGGGACCUGACAAGAGGAGCUGUGAAGCGGCUUGUGGCGGACUUCUUACCAAGCUUAAUGGCACCAUAACCACUCCAGGCUGGCCCAAGGAGUAUCCUCCUAAUAAAAACUGUGUGUGGCAGGUGGUUGCACCAACCCAAUACAGAAUUUCUAUGAAGUUUGAGUUUUUUGAAUUGGAGGGCAAUGAAGUUUGCAAAUACGAUUAUGUGGAGAUUUGGAGUGGUCUUUCCUCUGAGUCUAAGUUGCAUGGCAAGUUUUGUGGCGCCGAAGUGCCUGACGUGAUCACAUCUCAGUUCAACAAUAUGAGAAUUGAAUUCAGAUCUGACAAUACUGUAUCCAAGAAGGGCUUCAAGGCACAUUUCUUCUCAGACAAAGACGAAUGCUCUAAGGAUAAUGGUGGGUGUCAACAUGAAUGUGUCAACACAAUGGGAAGCUACAUGUGUCAGUGUCGUAAUGGAUUUGUGCUGCAUGAAAAUAAACAUGACUGCAAGGAAGCUGAGUGUGAACAGAAGAUCCACAGUCCAAGUGGCUUCAUCACCAGCCCCAACUGGCCAGACAAGUACCCAAGCAGGAAGGAAUGCACAUGGGAAAUCAGUACCACUCCUGGCCACCGAAUCAAAUUAGCCUUUGGUGAGUUUGAGAUUGAGCAGCAUCAAGAAUGUGCUUAUGAUCACUUGGAAGUAUUCGAUGGAGAAACAGAAAAAUCACCAAUUCUUGGAAGACUAUGUGGGAACAAGAUACCAGAGCCCCUUGUGGCUACUGGAAAUAAAAUGUUUGUUCGGUUUGUUUCUGAUGCAUCUGUUCAAAGGAAAGGCUUUCAAGCCACACAUUCUACAGAGUGUGGUGGCCGACUGAAAGCAGACCCGAAACCCAGAGAUCUGUACUCGCAUGCGCAGUUUGGUGAUAACAACUACCCGGGACAAGUGGACUGUGAAUGGCUGUUAGUGUCAGAACGGGGCUUUCGACUGGAGCUGUCCUUCCAGAUUUUUGAAGUGGAGGAAGAAGCCGACUGUGGCUAUGACUAUGUUGAGCUCUUUGACGGUCUCGAUUCAACAGCGGUGGGGCUUGGUCGAUUCUGUGGAUCAGGGCCACCAGAAGAGAUCUAUUCAAUUGGGGAUGCGAUUUUAAUUCAUUUUCACACUGAUGACACAAUCAACAAGAAAGGAUUUCAUAUAAAAUACAAAAGCAUUAGAUAUCCAGAUACUAUGCAUACCAAAAAAUAACACCAAAACCUCCAUCAAAACAUAAAGGAAUGUGCAUAAUGGAGAGAAGACGUAUUUUUUUUAAAUGAAGAUAUUAGCACAAAUGUUUUAUAUAAUGAGUUUGACCAGAAGAAGACUAUAAGGACAGGAUUAUCUCUGUACUAAAAGAGAAGUUUUCAAGCCAACUCUGAUCAACAUUGCCAAGAUAUUGAAACUCCAUGCUUGGUGGUAUAAAUAUAAAUAAAGCUGGUGAGAAGGCAUCAUGUAACUUCAAGGAAGACUCCAGAGAUUUUGUUCACAGCCUGACAUAGAUGCCUUGCCAUUCAGACAGUUCGAUUCAGGGUCUGUGACUUGUGGAGUGUUUCUUUUUGACAAUUUUUCGAGAUUUGGGAGAAAUCAAAUGAUCUUGCAGGUCAUAAACUAAAAAACCCUCUUGUAUCUUAGGAUAAUUGUUUUGGCUUUGUAUCUUGGAUACAGAUCCAUAUGGGAUGUUGCAAAAUGGGAGUCUUUUGAGGGCGGUUUGUACUUUAAAUGUGGGCAUGUCCGGAAUUUUGGAAACUGGAAUAUUUCAGCUUCAUUAUUUUCACUUGCAGGCCAGAUUCACCUCUUUGAAACACAAAUGAUCUUGAGACCACUUCAUUUUACUGACAUUUUGACAAGUUGGAAAUGCCAAUAGUGUCUAUUACUGCAGUUAAACUCUAGGCAUCAUUUAUUUAAGUGCUGGAAAAUGCCCAGUUGAUUGGUAAACUCAAGUUCUUUCAGUGAAAGUGCUGCCUUUUCACACCAAAUUUAAGAAGUGUUGUGAUGUCUUGGGCACUUCAUGAGAGAACUCCCAACAGGUGUGAACAGAAUUCUUCCAAGUGACGGCCUGGAUGGCCCGUUCUCAAGUCACCAGUGCUGCUAUUGUCUUUUCUGUUGUAGUUGUUAUUGCUGAUGUUGUCAUGGUUAAUGUUGUAUUUAAAAAAAAAAAAAUGAAAUGAAGUGGAAGUAGGCUGUGUAGUCAUUGAAAGGUCUCUCUUCUUCUUCUUCUUCUUUUUUUUCUCUUCUUGGGAUUCAGUUAAAAAAAUGCAAUGUUGGGAAAAAGGAUUUGUUUCUGAAAGACUUUCUAUGGUGCUAUUCCAUAAAUGUUUUUUUUUUAAACAAAAUUUUUGACCUUUGAGCCAACCACCUGUAGACUAUGAAUGUCUCCCUAUGUCUGUCUGGUGGCAUUUGAAGACUAAAGACUUGCUAAGUGUAUCAAGAGUGUAUCAUUGCAAGGGCAGCACUUGUCCUGUGGAACAAUUACUUAUAAUGCCUUAGAAUUCUUGCACAUGAUCAAACAGAUCCUCCGAGAGACACACUUUUUGAAAGGUUGAGGAAAACAACAUAUGUUAAUUAGCAGCUCUGUGAGGAAAAUCCAUUUCCAUGACUGAGAACAUUGGGUAUAAAUAUGGUGACCUGCUUUUGUCGUAGAAAAUGAAUUUUCUGCUUGAAAGCCAUGCGUGUUUUUAAUAUUGUGUAUGUAUAUGUGAGGUUGUCUGAAUGAGUGAAGCUACAAGAAGGUGAAAAGCAGUGGGUGGUGGAAAAGUUACAAUUUAUGUGCCAAGUUCUACUAGAAUCCUGUCUGAAGUAGCACCUUUCUUAGGAGGUUUCAUGGACAAAUAAUGGGAACUUCUAAUUAUUAUCCACGCCAUUAAAAAAAAGGCUUUUUCCUUUACAGAAACUCUAUUUUGAUAUGUUUUAAUGUUGAUGUAGAUUGCUAUAUGAAGUAAAUUUGUUUCUGUUACCUGUCCAUGAACAUUUGACAUUUAAUAAAAUUGGGUAUUUUUCUUUAUUUUUACAAAAUUAAACUAUACACACAGGUGUAGUUUAUUCAUUUUUUUGUCAUUGUUACCCUGAAAAAUAUUUUCUUGCAUAUGAAUUACAAUAUGUAAAUACAUUUUUAAAACCAGUCUUUUGAUCUUACUCAAUGUUACUUUGGGAAUGUGUAACUAUUGCCUGCAAUGUAAUGAGCUUUUUUAGUGGAGCUGAUUUAUUCCAGUAACUUCUUCUAUAUUUUUUCAUUAAUCUUCAAUUAGCCAAAUAUAUCAGCAAUGGGAAAGAGGAAAAAAUACCAUUAACACCUAGUGUAUUACACUAUGCCUAGCCCAGUACUAGGCACAGGACACUAGCUUUUUUUUUAAACUUUAUGCUACCCUUUGAGAAUUGUGGUGAUGUUCUCAUUUUGUAGAUCAGGAAUGGAGGCUCAUAGAAGGUAUGUAAUAUUCCCAGGGUCACCGUGUAAAGUUAGAUGUUGAAACCCAGCUUGUCUGAUACAAAAAUCUGUGCUUGUUCUACAAAAUGUAGUAGAAUCAAUCUUGACAUAUAUAAAUAGUAGACAUGUUUUUAUGAUGAAACAUUUCCACAUAAAGUAAAUUUUAGGGGUGAAUUACAGUAAAACCUUCAGGAUAAAUAUAUUGUUCUUUUCAGGAACAGCAUGACAAUUCGAAUAUCAACUGUAGAUAUCUUUAAGAACCACAGGUAGUGCUAGAAAUUAAACAACAACAACAACGACACCUACUCUGUAGUUCAGAGUUAGUAACCAUGGAUGGACCUUUUGUUAAAAUAAAUGCAUUAAAUUAUUUUAUCUGGUGUAGUAGGGGAAAUGUAGUGUUCUACUUUAAGAAAUAUUCUGGAUAUUACAAAUGACAUCUUAUUAGGUCACAAUGAGCUGCAAUCAACACAACCGAGAAAUGAAAGUGAAAAGAUACUUAGAAGGCAUUUAUGGAGAUGUUGCAACUUCAGGUCUUCAAUGUGAACAUUAAUUUUUAUUGUAUCUUAUGUCAGAUAUCAAUUCACUGCAUAUUAUUUUUAUAUUAAUUCAAUUUUGGCUUAAAUGUGUUGUUAAAUGAAAGUACAAACAGCUUUGUUGUUAUUUUGUUAAUAAUUGUUAGUUACUGUUUUAAACAUUUUAUUAAAUUAAUUUUGUAAAUUAUUUUUAACCCCUACAUCAGUAUACUGGUUGUGCUCUCUAUCUGCCAAAGUUCUCACUCCUAUACAAUCCUGACUAUACACAGAAAAAAACUGCUCCUACUUAAUAUGAUUUUAUUAAAUUAUUUUUCAAGUCAAUUUUGAAUAUUAAUCUACUUUAUUAAUGAGGUAAUGACUUAGCAUAAUUCACAAACAACAUUUAAAAAAAUUGUAUGAGAAACAGUAAUAGUAUUUCCAAAGUCUCCAAAUGUCCCCUUCCUGUAUUGGCUGGAUUUUUGCUAUGUACGACUAAUUUUAAUAUAUCACAGUAUCAGAUUCAAAUUCUGUCCAAUUUUGUUUUUAAAUUUCUUAGUCUUUUUUAUUUGGUUUCUUUUACUCCUGUAUUUUUGAUGGUAAGCCUGAAAUAUUAAAUUUUGCUCUCCCAUAUAGAAAAUCUCUAAAAGUGCAUCGAAUGACUAAUUAUUAUUCUUCAUAAGGCUAAAUAUUACUUUUUAAAAGUAAACUAUAGCUAUGUGUGACAUUUAAAAAUAAAGCAGUUCUCAAAAUGUUUGGAAAUUGUAUUUAGUGACAAUGGGAAUAAAACUUGCUUUUUGGAAAACCUUUAAUACCACUUGUGAAAUCUGGCAUGGGAGGAAGAAAACAGGAAAAAUAAUCACCUUCUAAAG